AUGCAGCCCCAUAUGUGUGCAGCAAUUCUUGUCAUCAACAUUCUGUGCCACAGCCAGGCCUUCACCACCGAGCGACGGAGCCACUUGCGACCCUCGUUCCACGGGCACCACGAGAAAGGCAAGGAGGGGCAGGUGCUGCAGCGCUCCAAGAGAGGCUGGGUCUGGAACCAGUUCUUCGUGAUCGAGGAGUACACCGGGCCUGACCCCGUGCUCGUGGGCAGGCUUCAUUCCGAUAUUGACUCUGGUGAUGGGAACAUUAAAUACAUUCUCUCAGGUGAAGGAGCCGGAACCAUUUUUGUGAUUGAUGACAAAUCAGGGAACAUUCAUGCCACCAAGACAUUGGACCGGGAAGAGAGAGCCCAGUACACGCUCAUGGCACAGGCGGUGGACAGGGACACCAACCGGCCGCUGGAGCCACCGUCGGAGUUCAUCGUCAAGGUCCAGGACAUUAAUGACAACCCGCCCGAGUUCCUGCAUGAGACCUAUCAUGCCAACGUGCCUGAGAGGUCCAACGUGGGGACAUCGGUAAUCCAGGUGACAGCUUCAGAUGCAGAUGAUCCCACCUAUGGAAACAGCGCGAAGUUAGUAUACAGCAUCCUAGAAGGACAACCCUACUUUUCAGUAGAAGCACAGACAGGUAUCAUCAGAACAGCCCUCCCCAACAUGGACAGGGAAGCGAAGGAGGAGUACCACGUGGUGAUCCAGGCCAAGGACAUGGGUGGACACAUGGGUGGACUCUCAGGGACAACCAAAGUGACGAUCACACUGACUGAUGUCAAUGACAACCCACCAAAGUUUCCACAGAGCGUAUACCAGAUGUCUGUGUCAGAAGCAGCUGUCCCCGGGGAGGAAGUAGGAAGAGUAAAGGCAAAAGACCCAGACAUUGGAGAAAAUGGUUUAGUCACCUACAAUAUUGUUGAUGGAGACGGUAUGGAAUUGUUUGAAAUCACCACGGACUAUGAGACACAGGAGGGUGUGGUCAAACUGAAAAAGCCUGUAGAUUUUGAAACCAAAAGAGCAUACAGCUUGAAGGUAGAGGCAGCCAAUGUGCACAUCGACCCAAAGUUCAUCAGCAACGGGCCUUUCAAGGACACUGUGACGGUCAAGAUUGCAGUGGAAGAUGCUGAUGAGCCCCCCAUGUUCUUGGCCCCAAGUUAUAUCCAUGAAGUCCAAGAAAAUGCAGCGGCUGGCACUGUGGUUGGGAGAGUGCACGCCAAAGACCCCGAUGCUGCCAACAGCCCGAUAAGGUAUUCCAUCGAUCGUCAUACUGACCUCGACAGGUUUUUCACUAUUAAUCCAGAGGAUGGUUUUAUUAAAACCACAAAACCUUUGGACAGAGAGGAAACUGCCUGGCUCAACAUAUCCGUUUUUGCAGCAGAAAUCCACAACCGGCAUCAGGAAGCCAAAGUGCCAGUGGCCAUUAGGGUCCUUGAUGUCAACGAUAAUGCCCCCAAGUUUGCCGCCCCUUAUGAAGGCUUCAUCUGUGAGAGUGAUCAGACCAAGCCACUUUCUAACCAGCCAAUUGUUACAAUUAGUGCAGAUGACAAGGAUGACACAGCCAAUGGACCAAGAUUUAUCUUCAGUCUACCCCCUGAAAUCAUUCACAAUCCAAAUUUCACAGUCAGAGACAACAGAGAUAACACUGCAGGGGUGUAUGCCCGGCGUGGAGGCUUCAGUCGGCAGAAGCAGGAUCUGUACCUCCUGCCCAUCGUGAUCAGCGAUGGCGGAGUCCCUCCCAUGAGUAGCACCAACACCCUCACCAUCAAGGUCUGUGGGUGUGAUGUGCACGGUGUACUGCUGUCCUGCAAUGCUGAGGCCUACAUCCUGAAUGCCGGCCUGAGCACGGGGGCGCUCAUCGCCAUCCUCGCCUGCAUCGUCAUUCUGCUGGUCAUUGUAGUGUUGUUUGUGACCCUGAGACGGCAAAAGAAAGAACCACUCAUAGUCUUUGAGGAAGAAGAUGUCCGUGAGAACAUCAUUACCUAUGACGAUGAAGGGGGCGGGGAAGAAGACACAGAAGCCUUUGAUAUUGCCACCCUCCAGAAUCCUGAUGGGAUCAAUGGAUUUAUCCCUCGCAAAGACAUAAAACCCGAGUAUCAGUACAUGCCUAGGCCUGGACUCCGGCCAGCACCCAACAGUGUGGACGUCGAUGAUUUCAUCAACACGAGAAUACAGGAGGCAGAUAAUGACCCAACUGCCCCUCCUUAUGAUUCCAUCCAAAUCUAUGGUUACGAAGGCAGGGGCUCAGUGGCCGGGUCCCUGAGCUCCUUAGAGUCUGCCACCACAGAUUCAGACUUGGACUAUGACUACCUACAGAACUGGGGACCUCGUUUUAAGAAACUAGCAGACUUGUACGGUUCCAAAGACACUUUUGACGACGACUCUUAA